AUGCUAGCUGACCGAGUUUGUUUUGUUUGGUUCCUGCUUCUGUGGAGUUCUGCUUAUUCAUAUCGUAAGUUGAGUUUCUUUUACAAGUGCUUUCAAAGCUCUUCCGCAAUGAACAAAAUUUGCGGGAUGGAAAUCGUGAGAUGAAAGAUAACAUCAUUAUUUUAAUUUCACAGGACGACCGUUGGGUGAUUAUAUAAACCACUACGAGACGUUAAACUAUGACACAGCUCCGAUUCUUGAUCAACACCAUCGCGUGAGGCGUUCAAGUCCAAACAGCGAUCAUGUUGUCCAAUUGAAUUUAAAAACUUCGCAAAGGUAAUGUGUUAUAACAUUUUACCAAGCUGAGUAUUUGCUACUUUCAAACUUAAUUUAGCGAGAAAUCUUAUCUUGGUUUUCGAACCGAUUUGCCUACGCUCGAACUUUACUGAAUCUGCUCUAUUAUGUUCCCCGUUUGAAUCACUCCUUGAUAUACAUUGUAUCGAGUUUUUUGUUCCAUAUGAAAAGGAAUCUUACCAUUCUUUGCUAUUCAUAAACGUUGAAUGAAAAUGUUGCUUAUUAGAACGAGACGGACUUGAGGGAAUAACCUUGCAUCGUCUAGAUAUGAAUGCUAGAUACUGUAUAUUUAUAACGGCUGUCAAACAGCUAUGUGGAACAACUCUAUUUAUUAAGCUUCUAUGGUUUAAGCUUUAAUCUGCAUUCUUUAAACACUUCCAAAAAAAACAAUAAUUAUUUUCGAGAUAAACUUCUUAAAGUAUGUAGAUUUUUCGUGGGCAUGUAGUUAUUGUUUUCUAUCUAUGAAUUUAUUUAUUGAAGUCUGCUAUCCUAUUAAACAAGUUCAUUGUGAACUUCUCUCCUGGCUGCUUCUUACAUUUGAAGGGAUAAUUUUCUAUUCUUUUGUGUUUUACAAAUAGUUUGUUUCAUAUAAAAAGCAAAUAUGGCAUGAAUGUUGUAAUAUUUUUAAACAGCUUGGUGUUUCCUGUGGAGUUAAUGUUUUGCUAUAAUAAUGUUAUAUUUCUCCAUACAUCACCCACUGAUAAUGUAAUAUUUAUAAAUUUACUAUCCAGUACACAUUAAGCAAUCAUUAGAUUCAGCUUUUGUAUAAUAUGUAGAAUUAAGCAGAUCACGGAGGCCAUUAAGUAACUCUCUCUAAGAUGUGUACAGUAAUUAAUUAUUAAUAUUCUUCAUACAUGUGUCAAAAGUAGGUUGAGUUUGAUCGUCCAGGUGAACGUAGUUCUGAAUAGGACUGUUGUUGUUGACAGUGAUUGACGUUUCGACAACCUGCGCGGUACUCAUCUUCAGAGUCAAAGUGAGUUGUAUCACGUCAGUUGAUGGUAUUAUACUCUGAUUAUUGAUCUGAUUGAUCAAUUACGUUGCAGUGUUAUUGGUCGUCUGUCAGUUAAGCCGUGAUGUUAUUGGCUGUGAAGACUCAUAAUCGGUAAUUGGUGCAUUUCGAUCUGUCUAUUGUUACAGUUAAACAGUCGGCUAUUGUUAGUCAAAUUGUCAGUUCUCCAGUCGUUCUCUCGUAGUUGGUCUUGCUUGAUCUCGUCAAUAAGUCGUUUGUGUGGUGCUGGUAACUGUUGGCUAUGAUUCAGUGGCAUUUGUUCUAAGUUAGUAAACCAGCUUUCUAAAGUAAGACGUUGAUAGCAGUCUGUAGAAUACGUUAUACAUGUCACAGAGUCCCAGUCAAUUUGAUGUUUCAUCUGUAAAUGGUGCUCAGCAAUGUGAUUGUUGACGUCACUAUUCCUCGUUGCUUGUUUGUGUUUGGUCAGUCAUGUGCUAAGGUUUCUGCCGGUUUCACCAAUGCAAGAAGCCUUGCAUUCGCUGUAUUUGAUCUUGUAUAUUGCUCCCUGUCUGUCCUCCGGUUUGUCUUCGUCCUUGACAUUAGUAAGCAGUCGUCAUAAAGUGAUUAUUGGUUUGUAUGCAACACGUAUAUUGUAAGGUUGUAAUAUACGUGUGAAAGUUUCACAUAUCAUGUGAAAGCUGAAUCAAAUGACUGUUUUAGUUUUCAUUCAAAACAUUUCCUACCUCUAAACAUGCUUAUCUGUUAGGGUGCAAAGAAAGUUAGUUUUACGGCUUCCCAUUCGGCAAGUUGUUGCGAGUAUGUACCAGCCCAAAAGUCGUUUAAGUAGCCCAAAAAAUUUUUGAUGAGCAGCAUGGAUUACAGUUCUUCUGUAGUUUGAAUUUCCCAAAAAACUUCACUUGCCCUUCGGGCUAGUUAAGAACGGGAUUCACUAGCCUGAUUGUAAAAUCCACAACCCCUGGCUAUCGGACACGAUUUUCUUUGCACGCUGUCUGUAUGUAAAAAUCCUGUCGUCAAAGCAUUUGCCUGAUCCUUUGCAGUUCUGGAGACAGUGGAAGCUCCUGUAAGUGAACACCCUUGUGAUGCAAAAAGGGUGUCCACAACUGGGGCUCGCCACUCACAAAAAUGUAAGACUACAAAGUUUGUAUGCCAGUUGAGAAAAACGGGGUUUUGUGAAGGUGGCCGUAAAUACAUGUAUAGCUGUUCGCUUACGAGAGUGUCCAUUUGAGAGCUUCCAAUGUGUGAGGGGAUAUUUAUCACGGCAAUCAGUAAAAUUUCAAUAUGCUGGGUAUACAUAUAGUAAGCUAGAAAUUUAACAGCUGGGAAGUGUUUUUGGGUCUAUUUUGCUUUCAUUUCCUACAAUACUAGCCAGGGCUGAAAAUAACGGACAGCAGGUCGCCGGUCAUGAUGACCGGCGAAAUAUUUUUUAGCCCGGACAAACCCCGAUUCUGGCUGGUCAAAUAAUGAAUACUAUUAUUAUUUUUUUUUUGCCUAAGGAAUAUUGAAUUACACUGGCAGUAGAUCGUUAUUACUACAUUGAAUGACAUUAUCAUUUUUGACCGCAAGUUGGUGAAAAAUGUAUUCACACGUUGUAGAGUUCCUUUCCGUGGUUUUUGCGUGUUUUUAUGUCCGUUCUACCUUGAGUAUCGUCGUACGGCGGUUUCUGAAGUCUCUAAAGGUAAAAAGUGAAGUGUAAUUCCUUUUCAAACUCUCAUGUGUAGGAAAUGGAAUACACAUACUGUUAAAUGAAGUUUAGGAAUUAUGAAAAAAAAUGAUUUGGGUUAUUAAAGAACAAAAUCUGCACACGUUUGUUUUACGUUGAUGUUCAGAAAAGAACAUCGGUGAAACUUGAUCUUUUUCCUUGCCGGGCACGUGAUCAAAAGUCUCCUCCACAAAGAAGAAUGGUCGCUAAUGUUUUGGGCAAAGAAGUUGAAUUGCAUUGGUGAGGAGUUUGUUCCACAAACAGUGUGUUUAUUGUCAGAAGUCAAAAGAUAUACAGCAGAGCUUUCAUUUGGGUCAUCGGGCAACACUUUAUCGCAAAGGGCUCAAAAUAAAUGUCAACAGAAGUUUGCAUAAAGUUGUUUACAAGAAGGAGAAUUAAGCGCCCAGAUAGUUGACGACGUUCCCUCUAGAUUAGCUUAAAUUUUUAUCAGACUAUUCUGGAAACGAGUCCGCAAACGAGAUUCUUGUUCGACGUAAAGAAAUUAUUAUUAUUAAUAAUUGAUGCACUAACAUUAUUCCUGGAGAAACAGAGGACGACCUGCCCGAAUUCCGUCGAAUUCCCAAAGAAAGUCACAUUACUGAUUACAGUAAAGCAGAAAGUACAGUACAACCUGCAACGUUGCGUUACUCCUCCACAAGUCAGUUUGUUAUUCACUUUGUUGCAUUUCAUUACGACAUGAUGGCAUGAAAUUAAUUUAUUGCAGUGUUCUUUUUCUCAGAAGGGUUUACUGGAAAGCAGUAAAAGACGCCAAUGAAAAAAGACAUCACUACAGUGUUAUAGAGCAUUAAGCGACAACUGUAUGAAAAAUAAAAUGUUCGUAUCCAAAAAUGACAGGCAAGACCGGAGUUUGACCGGUCAAGUCUGCGAUCAGGCUGGACAUUGUCCGUUGACCGGCCGUUAUUUUCAGUUCUGCUAGCCGGGGUUCGUGUUCAUAGUAGAAGGAGUAGUUUGGCUCUUUAGUCUUAGCAUGAUGUUUGAAAUCUUCUACCAUUUUGUUGACUUCUGGCUUGCCAAAACAGCUGCACCACCUUGCCACUUCUCUCAUUUUCUGUUUACAUCACUGCAGUCAUUGACAUCAGCAAACAUCUUGAUUGUAAUAUUGUAAUUAUCUUAUUAUCCACUCCCCUCAGGGUAUUUCAGGGAACAUUGGUCAGGGGGACUUCUUCCAUCAUAUUUUGAUCAAUGCUAGAUAUGGCCAGGUGACAAGUGAAGAAUUAGCCAGGGAAUUUAAACUAAUCAUAAACAGUAGAAUGUUUUGAAUGAAUGAUAAAGUAGGAUAAUACAUUACAUCUACAUGUACUGUAAGUGGUUUGUGCUUUAAAGAUUGAAAGCAAAGAUCAUGUUACACUUCUUGCUGCAAAAGUUUCAUUUUGGACUGGGUAUUUUCGAGGAUAGCACCUAACAAGAUAAGACUGAUCUUAAAAUAUUAAAAGUGAAUGGCAAGGAAACCCAUGAGAAACCACUGGGCUUAUAAGUAACAGGCACCCUCAAUAAAUUAUUUAAAAAAAACGUUAUUUAAAAAGUGUAUUAUUACAGCAAAGUAUUAACAGUAGUAUACAAGUAAAAUCAAUGGUAGAGCUACUAAAAAUUAAACAUUAUAAUGUUGUAGAUAAUAAAUUGUUUUAAAGAUAGUUGCGCAAAAAAAGACAAAAUUAAAGAAGAACAAAAUGAAAAGUAGAGGCAAACAAAAGAAAAAUAAUAUUUAUGACAAGAGAAAUGCUUUCAGGUUUUUUUUGAUGAGUGUUUCUUCCUUUUUUUGUAGAGAAUUUAAAAUUCGCCUCAGAAGGGAUCUACAAAUUUUUACUGACAACUUUCGUGCAGAAAACUCUGAAUUUGAUCCUGCAAAAGUUGUAGAAGGGGAUGUAGAAGGUAGAGUAUGCUGGUUAUCUUAUUUUGAGCAUUAAUUAUAUAUGUUACAGGUUAAAAUAAAAUUCAAGUUAAUGUCGCAGUUCCUUUAGCUAGGCUUCAAAAGUGUAAUAAAACAAGACAACAAACAUAUGGCAUAAUAGGGGGAACACCACUCCGCAAUCGGUGUGGUGGGUGACUUCCAUAGCCUGACCAUAAUGGCCUACUUAUCUCCCCAACGCUAAUUUACGCGCACUAGAUCAGACAACUUCAGGUAAGUCCAAAAGAAGCAAACUUAAUACGGCCUAACACUCCACGGCACUACGAGCUGAAACCUCUUGGCAGCAUCGUGCAACUUAGGCAAAUAUUUUUUUCUAGGAAGUUUAUCUUAUCAGGACUAUGAGCCGACUCUGCCAGCACGUGCUGGGAUACAAUCUAAAUAUAAAAGUUUGCGUUAGAAUCAAAGCUUGAGGAAGUGGCCGUGAGACUUAAACUGAAGGCGAAAGAACGGGGUGAGCCCGUGUUUAUUAGGAACAACAACAAAGCCUCCAAACAGAGGGACGGGUGGGAAUUACAAAACUUUAGGGUGGUUGAAGUAUACCAACUUAGCAGUACAGCUGGCAAUGAGACACAGGACUUUUACUAGGCCUUUUAUGGUCCGAAUGCCAUCCCAACAUAAGCCAAUAAAAAAUACUGUACUACUGAAUAGAACGUGCACUAAAGUGCUCCACAAGAUAUGUAUGAGGAAAAUUAUUUUUUACUAGCCAUACAAAAUGAGCGAUACGUUAGAAACUAGCCCCAGCUGCAACAGAAACAAGGAUUGCUGUUGUAUCAGUAAUUUCCCAGCUAUAGAAGUGGUUUUACGUACUACCCAGUACUUUUACCCCCUUAUACAAGUAAAAUUCUACAAGAUUUGAUAAGGACUAUAGCAUAACACUGCAUUACAUGUUGCUGAUUGAAGGUGUCACGCUCCAUUAACUGCCUUUUACAACUGAUAUGUAAAACCUUCUUAAAAUUUUUUAACCUUGGUAGAUUCUCAAUUUCCAUUGUCUACGAGACCUAAUUAUUCAAGAAUAAUUGUUAAUAACCCUAAUUAUCCUAGUAGACAAAGAAAAUUGAGAAUCAACCCAGGUUAAAAAAUUUUAACCUGAAUUUAAAUUUGACCUGUAACAUAUACAAUCCAUGUACAAUGAACAUAAAAUAAUGUGCUUAUCCAAUCAAUGCUUUUAAGACUUACAGGCAACAAAAAAAAGUUGCCAUGCGAUCUAUUAGCCUGCAUAAACAGCCAUCUCUCCUUGUUCCUUUCCGCUUGGGACUUUUUGCCAGGAGAGACGUCUGUGCAUCAGCGACAUCAAUUCCAUACUGAUGAUGUAAAAUCUGUCAGGAAUCUGGUCAGGAGCUCUGAAUGGCAUGGUGGAUGUAGUAUUACAUGUAUAUUGUUUUACAACAAACGGCCACAAAGCAGUCAAUAUUUGUGGAAUAUAUUCUUCUGUAAAUGAAGCAUUUAAGAAAUUUGCUGUAUCUUUGCAGAAGAACACAAAAUUUUACCAAAAUCGACCAGGAGAAACCUAAAAUUGAACAACAAGUUUACAUUUGUACCCCAAUAACCACUGGCUCACUUAUGUAAACAUUGAUUUACAUCAUCUGUAUGGAACUGCAGUCGGCGAGGAGGAGCAAGGAGAGGAGAUCUAGAGACAGCUGUUUUCGCGUGCUAGUCAUCUAUUUGGUAUUUACCAACAAUGAUCUUGUACAAUGUAGUUGUCUUUUUGGUACACUGUGCAUUUUUGAGAAGUAUAGCAGCAUUAUGAAAUUUUUGACAACAAGAUAGAAGUGCUGUUGUUGUCAGGAUUCUUUAUAAUUACCGGGCGGUAUAACUUCUUUCCACACAGUGAUACAGUUUACAAAACGUCCAUGCAUGGUUAUGGAUUAUCUUGUUGUCAUACACUACACUACCUGUCUCAUUUAUUUUACUUGUUCAUAUUUUAGGUCAUAAAAAUUCUCUAGUCCAUGGUUUCAUAUCCGAUGAUGGAGUGUUUGAAGGCAAAAUUCAUGUAGGAAAUGAUGAGUAUUUUGUGGAGUCUGCAAAACAGUAUUUCAAAGAUGCACCUCAAGACUUUCACUCAGUGAUCUAUGAGAGCAGAGAUGUUCAUUAUCCACAUGCAUAUGGCCCUGGCUGUGGGAUCAACGAUAAAUCUAAAAGAUGGAUGGAUGAAGUUAAAAGGUAUCUAUCAGUUUCGUUAAAAUAACAUACAGUGUUAAAAUUAAUAAUGUUGACCCUUAAAAUACAUGUUAAGCACACUUCCUCACAUAUCCUUUUCUUAGAACUUUAACCAGAAGGCUUUUUCAGAGCACAGCACUGUAAUUAUAAUAUUAUUUUAUGUUUACAGACAGAAUGAGAUGUUUACAUGUAAAUGUUGCUCAUUGUAUCAUUGUUACCCUGAGUACAUGUACAUUUACAAGUUAACAGGUGACAUUUUGCAAUGCAAUCACUGUGGAAUGUCAUGUCUGAGGAAUAAGCACAGAAAUUCCAUACUGAUUACAUGUCACUGCCCAGAUCUGGGAAGUGCUUCUGAUUGGUUAAAGCAAAUUUCCCUUGUGGUGUGACCAAUCAUUAAAGUACUACCCUGAUCUAGGUGCACAAAUUAGUCAUGUACAGUUGUAUAACUAAAUGACAAAUGUUAUCAGUAUGGAUUUUCUGUGCCCAUUUCACAGACUUUAUUUUGCAGGGAAACCAGCAGUGGCAUCUCAAAUUACCAGCUGUUUUCUCUAUCAUUUUGGUCUGACUGAUAACAUAAAGCAUGCUGUGUGACACACUGGUUGAUCUUACCUUGUACAUGCUGUGAAUGUGCAUGUAUUAAAGCUUGUUUCGAAGAUUUCAAUAUUGAAACAUUUAUACUGUACUUCUCAAUGUAAUUUUGUUUAUGCCAGGAUGCCUAAUGUGUGGUUCCAGAAAAUAUCCAUAUACCCACCCCAAGGAUGGUCACUGGAAAUUCCAAAGGGGAGGGGGAUGUUAAAGGCCAAAACUUUUUAAAGGAAGGUAUGAAACUAAACUGGGAUUUCCAGAGGGCCGGGGGCAUGGCAUAUUGUUUUUUCUGGAGCAACACAAUGAACUAACCGUUCAGUUUCAAUUUUAUCAUCUUAACUGACAUACCUUAUGGUAUCUGUAUAUUUACAUGUUUGGUUGAAAAAUUAAUUGAUUUUUGUCAUUGUUUAAUGUUGCUUUCUUCAGAUCUGCAGUGAAAGGAAAAGUUGUUGAAGAUGAACAUGUCACCCAUUUUGAGCCAUUUAAAUUGAGAUACCGUAGAGCGGUUGGAUCCAUUGAUGAAAAAAAAUUGUCUUGUACUUUAAAGAUGAAUGUGAGUUGAUGUGAUGUCCAUGCUGUUUGGAUCACACCUUUGUUUCCUGCUAUAAAACCAUACUAUUAGGGUUUUGUUUUGAGCCUGAUAUAGCAGUUUUGAUUUAUUUGGUCGUUAAGUAUUCAAGGUCUUGGACAUGAUAGUUUCACUUCCUGAAAUGCCAGGCUUAGCCUGCGAAAACAUUGGUUUCUCCUCGCUCUUCACCGCUGGUGACUUUUCGCGCGGAGAAACAUCUGCGACUCAGCGACAGAAAUUCCAUAAAUAAUGACGCAAAUCAAUGUUUACAUAAUAAAUCUGGUAGUCAUGGAGUUCCAAAUAUAAAUGUGUCUAAUUUUAUGUGUCUUCUGGUCGAUUUUGGUAAAGUGUUGUGUUCAUCUGCCAACGAGCUCCAGCAAAACUCAAAUGCUUCUUCUAGAGAAUACUACUACCGCUGUAUAUUCCUCAAGUAUUGACUGUUUUGUGAGAGAUUCUUCGCAUUUACAUUUGACCUUUGUGGCUUUUUGUCUUUAGUCUGUCAUUCGUAAACAAUAGCUAAAACAGUGUAACUACUCCAUCAACCAAUCAGCACUUCUGACUGGAUUCCGGACAGAUUUUACAUAACCAGUAUGGAAUUUCUGUCACUGAGUUGCAGACGUUCCUCUGUGCGAAACAUCCCCAGCGGCAAAGAGUGAGGAGAAACAGAUGUUUGCAAAGGCAAAAAUGGCUUCCUGAAAAAAUAAAGCUAGCAAGAAAAAUGGCAUUAUUCACAUGUAUAAUACCGGUAUAUUGAUUUAGCCAGGGCUACAAGCGAAGCCUCUGUUUAUUUACUCUUAGUAUAAGCAAUUAACUUAAAUAUAAUAAUUAACUCUAAGCCACUAAAAAGAAUCCACCUUGUGAGGGAGGAGCUGAGAUGAUUAAGAAAAUCCCACAAAAAGACCUGGACUGAAAACUCUCCCAUCAAGCUAAAAGUUUUAUGUUUACGGCAAAAAAUAUCAUCUUAGUGCAUGAUACUCCGCGGUAGCAGCCAAUUUGCAGGUUACAAUUUCCAGAGUCAAUAUAGAGCUGUAGCGAAGAGGACAGCGACGGCAGCUAAAACAUCACUUUUAAAAUGAAUACACAUUUUGUCUUACUUUGUUGAUUGCUGAAAGUGUCAAAUGUAGGCAAAUUUUCCAGGAGUUGAUUUCUUGGGGACUGCACUGAAGUUUAGAAAGAGAAAGAAAAUUUGUUGUCCAUUGUUUAUGUCCACCAUUAAACAUGCAAUUAGGCAUUUUCACGUCGAAGUCGUGCAGUGACAACAAAGAAAUUAAUGUACAAAAAAGCAUAAUGCACAUGCGAAGUUGUUGUUUUUCCAACCUAUUGCUUUUUUGACAUCUCAUUGCCAUUGUCAUUGCUAAGGCUCACUUAUUAAAUACUUGUAGGAAAAACCUAUGUUUUCUUCUAUUGGACCCAGAAUGGAACAGUUACACUGUAUGUGUAAACAAGAGCCAUUAUGGCUCUUGAUGUGAAUUUUUUGGAAAGCAUGACUAAGCUAAAAGCACAUCCUUUAAACUACAUUUUUCAAAGUUUUUUCUCAUAUGUCAAACAAACAAAAUUCAAUAUCUCUACUGGAAAAACUCCAUUGGUUGCCUCUAGGUGAACUGGUUAAUGUUUUGCCUAGACAAAUGCAAGCUGCUUAUCUUGGAUUCCCUGGACAUCUGCACCCCGGCAAAGUCUACUUAGUACCUCCCUGCAAUUCCGUACAUACAUACAUGUAUAUGUGCAUAUACAUGUAUGUGUAUGCUGACAUCAUGUAACAAAAUUUUUAGUUGUGUUAUUGAUAGAUUUCCAAUUUCAUGCGCGUUUGUUCAAAUCCUUUUAAUUUCCAAAAAGGCUUGGGAAUGCAGGCUCUCCUAUUAAUUUAUUAGUUGUGAAAUAAAUCAUGAACCACAAUCUUGGAUUUUUGAGUUUAUCCUGGAUCAAUCACAAGGACUUUUUCAAAUGUUUAGACCUUAAAUUUUACAGUCAUUUUUCAGACAAAAUACCUUCUAAUUUCUUUUUUUGUGUUCAAACUGUUUGCAUUUGUUUCAUUCAUUUUAAAACUUCAUCGCCAUCUUGACACUGAUUAACUUGCCAUGGCAAUUUUGUAAGAGAAAUUUCUUGUUAUUGAUUGAAAUUGUGAAAUAAAGAACCACAAGGGAGUCCUGCAAUCACAAGGACUUUUUAUUUGGCCAGUUUACAGUCAUGCAAAAUACUGUAAUUUGAAACUGUUUGCAUUUGUUACAAUGAACAAUCAUCCUGACAAACAUAAAUCGAAAUUGUAAUCCCUAAAUAGCAACAGGACACCCAAGGAACCACAGGUAACCAAAAGAUUUGUGUGCUGCUGGCCUGGGGGCUCGCAGCAGUAUUAUCAUAAUGGUGAUGUGUAGUUUGUCUUGAAUUAAUUAAGUAAUUUACAGUCUUUUGUUUGGUUUUUAGGCUGAUCAUCUGUUUACAGCAAACAUGGCAGAUGGUAACAAGGAGAGAGCUUUGUUGCUGAUGACGAAUCAUGUGCAAGCUGCUAAUGCCAUCUACAAGAAUACAGGAUUUGCUGAUGCAAACAAACCCGAGGGUAUGAAAGCUCUUACUUAUUACACAGUAGUUGUCCAUGGAAAGGCUCUGAAGUGUAUCCAGAUGGAAUAUACUGUUCUGCUGCAAAACAGAAAUUUACUUUUCCAACCAUUUUGAAUAUCAAUUUUUCCAAAUGGAAAAUGUACAUUUCGUUCAUAAACUGGCACUUUGUUGCAAGCGUCAUUCGUGUACUUUAUGUCCUCAUGUCAAAAGUAUGUGUAUGUUCUGUCAGUAAGUUUUUACAGUUCAACAUCUUAAAGUAACUGUCAGAAAUUUUCAUGUGCUUUAUUAAUGGGGGUAUGGACAAAUUAUGGAUCAGGAACUGGUGCAAUGAUUUACUGAUAUUAAAUUAUUUUCAUGCAAGAUUUCUAGGAGACUUGAAAUUUAUGCAUUCAGUUUAAUUUCAACUUGAUUAUAACUACUGUACAUAUAUUAAUCAACAACAAUGUACCUUGAUUGAUAAAGAUAAAAAUAAUGUUGAAAUUAAGUUUAGAGUGAUUGUUAUGUACAUGUACUGCCAUCAGCUCCUGGUUCCUGUUGAGUUUGAGUAAUUUUUUGUACUGUAAGUUAUUUUUAUGAUCUAUAAGAGUGUCGUCACUCAAAAAUUCACAGCUCAAAAGAUAAAUAAAUCAUUGUUGAUGUCAGCUUAGAUUUGUUGCAUCCUGUCUGUUGCUUUUUAAUUUCUUUCAGGAAUUCAGUUUCAAAUCCAGAGAAUGCGUGCCAACGACAGUGCAGAUACUAAAUACCCAAAAAACCCUUACAGAGAUGAAAACAUUGGUGUUGAGAAGUUACUUGAGUUAAAUUCUGAAGAAGACCAUGAUGAUGUGUGCCUCGCCUAUGUCUUCACUUAUAGAGACUUUGCUGAUGGUGUCCUAGGACUUGCUUGGGUGGGUGAAACAGGUAAUCAAAAUUAUCAUAAUAUUUUGAAAUUUGUAACAAUAAUAAUGAUGAUGAUGCUUUCUUUGAGACUUCAACAUGUGUACUGACUGUGUCAUUUGUCUCAGCAUGCGCUGCUCGACAAAUAUUAGUGGUUGACAUAAAAAUUCAUUAUGAUCGUAAUACUCAUGCAUACCAUACACACAUGUAGAGAAUAAUGGAUGACCGCGUGGAGAUAUGAAAUUUCUCUUCAAGUGUUGAAAAAUAUUUCACAAUUGAGCACUACAAACAAGUGAAAUAUCUUUGAACAUGAGAACAGAAAUCUCGUACAUGUAAACUGUAUCUCCAAGCGACCAUGUAAUUUUCUAUUUUAUUAUAUACCAGGGGUUUUAAUAAAAAUUGAAGUAGCCAGCAGGUUUGAAUAGAUUAACCUACUCCAUCAACAAGGGGCCAUUGGUUCCUGGUCAGCAUUAGAUCCCAUCAGCCGUAGCCCCUUUCUCCCCUUAUGACAUUUACACAAGGAAGAACUGUUUUCUGCUUUUAUAUCACACUUAGACUUUAUUUCAAGCUGGAAAUGUUCAUGAAAGUGCAAGUCUCUUCAAUUUGAAAGAAAAAAAAAUUUGUAAUGAUAGGCACCUGGAUUCAAACCCACGACAAGAAGUACAAGUACACCACACUAACCACUAGACCACUAAGGAUUUGUUGGAGGACAGGAAAAUAAUAAUUGAAGAACAUAUUACAUCAACCCCAAUCCAAAAAAAACCUAACCUAUUUCGAAAUAGUGCUGAACACCAAACUGUAAAGGCAGUGCUUAACCAUAAUCAGUAAAGGCAAUGCUUAACACUAAUCAGUAAAAGCAAUGCCUAACCCUAAUCAGUAAAGGCAGAGCUUAACCCUAAUUAGUAAAGGGGAAAACUACGUUGUGUAAAUUUCGUGAGGUGUCCGAAAGGGCUAAGAUCAAUGGAAUCUAAUGAUAACCCUGGUCCCCCUUUUCUAGGGGGGAGGGGGUAGAGCACGUUCUAGCCCAGAAAAUUUUGAAAUUUCAAAGCCCUUAAAUGCGAUUUUCAGCGUUCUGGGGAAUAAAUUUGAGGACGAAAGAGCGUGUUUUUCAUUCAAGAGAAUGUAGCUUUCAAUUUAUCAGUCACACAAUCAAUUCCUACAAGCAAUAAAGUAAAACAAUUGAUGAAAACUAAAUUACGUACUUUUGCACGUAAACAAAUAAUUCUGCGUAAACCUAUGAAGAAACACAUCAUAAUUUAUUAUUAUUACGUUUUUAUUCAGAUUUUAUGAUAUAUUUUUUUGUUUACAACGUUUUUCAAACUAGUUGCUUCUUCUUUCUAGAAAAAAGUAGCCGACCUCACAUGAGUAAAGUAGCCAACACGUUUCGUCAGCCGUCAGUGCUUAUUGAAACCCCUGAUACACCAUAUUUUUUCGGUUAUAAGACGCGCCCCAAACUUUUCAAUGCAAUUUUUCUAAGUUGACAAACUGAAAAUCAAGCCAAAAUACUCGGCUAUAAGGCGCAACCUCGAUUUUUGGUGAUGUUCACACUAACUACAACAACACGCUUUCCAAGAAAUGUUGAUUACGGCCAUUCUCGUUAAAUUGCACCUAUGUGAACAAAAGCGAAAAAGGUUACAUAUUUUGAUCAAAGGUGAGAAAAUCACAUCUAUCAACACAAACAGCACUGUUUUCUAAAGCUGCAAAUUUUUAGGGAAUCUGUUUCUGUUCCUUAAACAAGUCAGCUGUCUUGGUUGCGGCAUAUUGACAUCUGUACAUUUAUUAAUAUCAAGAUAAGAUCGAUCGUAUGAUACAUGAGCCUGAAUAUUUGUUAAUUAACUACCAAAUCUGGUAAAAUUAAGCCCUUGUUUAUCAAAAUAACUGUGAUAAAGAGCUCUCACAGUUCUAUUAACAGAUUUGGGAGCUUUCUUUGGAAAACAAAAGUCUGAAACAAGCGCAAGAUCGCAGUGUGGAAAUGACUGUUAACAAACUGCAACCUUGGGUCAAGCACGCGCUCAAAAUUUUUGCCUGGUUACCAAGUAUCAGCAUUCAAUUUCAAAUGAUCAAUGCCAGAUGAUUUGUUUCGAAUGCAAAACGAUUCAUUCAUCAUUUAAUACCAGCUUUAGACAAUGUACAUUGGUAGAAGUCAUUGAAAACCGAUAACAAAGAAGAGGAUGAGCAGCUACAGCUUUUAGAGUCUAGAAUUUGACUCAAUUUUGUUUUGUUGUCGGAAGAUACUCAGUUACAGACGCACCCCGGAGUUACAACAGAUUUAGAGCUAUCAAGCAAACUUUCGUUGAAACAAAACUGCGCCCCAUAAGUGAAAAAAUAUGGUAAAUGCCAAUGAGAUACAAACCAUUUUGCUUUGAUAUUUUUUGGCUGUGAAAUGAAUAAUUUAUCUUGUAGCCAUAGCAACGAUGAUCUUUUCACUUGUGAAGUUAGCAUGUCAUUUUUCACAUGAGAAGAUGUCAUGUUUUUGUGCAAAAGCCCACCUGGCACAUUGGUGGUAGAUGUACAAUACAGUAAAACCCCGCGACUAAGAACCUGUUAGAUUAAAAUUUGCCAGUUAAGUCCCCUUUGUAUAAGAACCUGUUUAGCCUAAAAUUUGAAACAAUUUCUUAUUUUCUAAAAUCCAUGAAAAAAUUCUGUACACUUAGGCAAAUAAGAUAAGUCAACAUCCAGAAACCUCUUUGGAGACAUAGAUGCAUACCCCUACUGCAGUGUAAUUGUAUUAUUGUUAUUAAUACAAUUACAAAUUAAAUACAGUAUAUAAAUAUGAGCAAAAUGUAUUAGUACUGACUGUUCUUAUGAUCAUUUUUACAUAACGUCUAAUUCUGGUAUGUAGAUAUUUUUUUUCUACAUAAUUGUGCUGUAUUAUGUAGCCUUAGAAACACUGAUCUUUUCAAGUGUGAAGAUAACAUGUUACAUAUACAUGUAUUUUUACAUGUGAAGAUAAUUAUCAAAAUGUUUUUGCACAAAAAGCUCACCUGGUAUUUUAUUGGUGUACUAUUUUCACUGUAGUUACGUUGAAUUAAAGACUUAGUAAUUGUGUGAAAGUACAGAUUGAUAUUUACACAAAACUUUUUGCUUUGUCAUUUUUAAGGUGGAGCUGCUGGUGGGAUUUGUGAGAGAGGAACAACAUUUAGUGAUGGUAAAAAGAAAAACCUUAAUACAGGAGUGGUUACAUUUAUCAACUAUGGCAAGCAAGUUGCCCGGAAAGUCUCUCAGAUCACUUUUGCCCAUGAAACUGGCCAUAACUUUGGAUCACCUGUAAGUUGCAAGUUUUUUUAGUUUUUCCUUUAAGAAUGUUGGCCUUUUUGUGUGAUGGUAAUCCAUUAUGUGAAGUGAACUUUAUAUCAUAUGUAGUGGCAAUGAAUAACCAUCUAGAUACAGGCACACAUGUAGCUGGAGAUGACAAUACUGUUUGUAUAGAGUUCUAAAGUAAUGAUGUCAUAAAAAAAUAAAUUUGGGAAAUGAUGGGAUUUGUUGGGACAUUAUGAAAGAAUAACAUCUAAAGGCCCACUUGCAAGCCCCCUAUUUUGCCCUGGUAACUCCGUAAAAAUCCUUCAAUAUUUGCCUUAGGUCAUACAUGUAACAUAAAGAACCAAGUCUGGCAUUGUAAAUUCAUCAGUUUUUGGUGAUUGAAAAAGUGAAAAAACAUUUUAGAACAUUACAUUUAAGAAACGUUCUUAUUUGUAGAUUUGGUCAAAUUUUACCAAGGUCACGACAACAGUCUAAAUAAUUAGCACGUGAGGAUUUUUUUUAAAACACUGUUGCUAGAUUUUGAAAAAAUUCCCAAUUUAUAGGUUUCAUGUCAUUGUUAUUCUGUUGCUUGUAAUCAGUGAUGUAAACAAAACAUACUCUAAAAUUAUGUUGAAUGUUAGAUAUGUUGAUAUACUUUGUGACUUUUUGGUGCAUUUACUACAGCCACAGUAAUGGGGAACCAAAGACAAAGGGUAUAGGACUCGAAAAAUGAGUGCAAGUCUCGUUAACUUGAUCUUGUACUGAUAUUGAUGCGUGACUAGAGUUAAUGAAUUCGUUAAAACUUUUAAACAGCAUGACACUACUGCUGAUUGCUCUCCUGGAGGUAGUGCAGGAAACUACAUCAUGUUUGCCAGGGCUACUAGUGGUGAUAAACCGAACAACAGACGUUUUUCACCAUGCAGUAGGAGUAAAAUGAAUGCUGUUAUGGAGGUGAAGGGAAGAUGUCAGGAUUCAGAUUGUUGCUUUAAAGGUACAGUGUCAUACUUGUUCAAGAUGUAUUACGGUCAACUCCUCGAGCAAAUUCUCCAAACUGAUCUCUAUACAUUUCUUUAAAGAAUAAGUUGAGAGAAUUUGAGAAAAGAUCAAAGCAUUUUCUCUUGGGUGAUCAUUUAAUUAAUUCUCAUAACCUAAUCUCUUGACAUCGUGUGGAUAUCGUUAGGAGAAAAUUCAUGUUGGUCACUAUUGGGACUUAAAGGGUUAACAGGCAGCUCAUCUAGAGGUGGUCUCUGGUUCUCUUUACUCCCUUAGUUGACUCUCUACAAGACGGACAUUACUCCCGCUUUAAGGGAUUCUUAGUGCUGUUCCCAAAGGUGCACACCAAGGACAGUUGACUGUAUAGGCCACUUGCACUAAGAGAUCACGUGACCAAUGCUUCCUUUAAACAAUGAGUUGGAAUCUUGCUGAUGCCAAAAAUUGUUAGAGCACAUGAAAAUUAUCGUACACCCGAAAUUUGAGAGGAAACGUAUUUAAGGGAGAUGUUUUAUGGCACUUUGAUUUUUCCACUAAGUAGUAUCAUUUGUAUUGGCCGCCAUCUUGGAGGGCAUGCUCUUGCCCUCCAACAUGGCGGCUAAAACUACUUUUUGCUUAUAUCUUGUUCAACGUUUGAUAGUUACGCUCAGAUGUGCUGUAAACGUUAUCACAUCAUCUUUUCAACAUUUUCCUUGAAGUUUAAGUGCAAAACUUGUGUUCAGGGGAAGGUAGUUCAUAGUUUUAAAAAUCGCAUUUUGGUCACGUGACCAUUUACGAACUUAUUCAUUUUAAGAAAAUGGUGCGGGUUUGAAGAACCAAAUCACCAUUAUUUUGUUUAAGAUAUGACCCGCUUCUCGUUUUUCGAAGGCAAAAUCAUAUAACUUUCAUUUUCAUAAAAACGAUGUCGCAUGACCUCUUAGUGCAAAUGGCCUAUUAUUCAGUUAUUAUCAAAUGAUAGGAUUAAUAAUAAUAAUAAUAGGAUUAUAGUAUGUUUUGAAUUAAAGCUAUUGAUUUUAAUACCUGAUCAACUGCAGCUGCCAUACAUGUACAGUGUGCGAUGAUCAGUGAAUUGUACAUCAUUUUUAAAAGUAAUAUUUCCAGAGUUAUUUGUAUGCAUUUAAUUUGCUAUGACUCUAGUGAUAAGAAUUGCUUUACCAAGCAAGACGUUUUUUACCUGCUGAUCAUUUCCCAUUUUCUCGUGAACUUUAUUUUCGAUAGAGCAGUGUUACUAAAAGGAAUUUUAAAAGUUUGGUGACUCUUAGGGGUCAAAGGGUUACUUACACACGAACUCUGAAGUUCAAAGGCCAACAAACCCUUGCCUUCUUCGCUGCUGUAAAUCGUCUUUCCGUAUCUCUUAGGAAACAGAAGCUUACUUCAACGAGUUCAAAAUGACAUGGUUUGUGAUUUCUGAAUGCUGUUAUUGUAUUUCGAUCCACUUUGUGUGUUUCUGAGUUUCAAGGGUAAUUGCUUGUGAUCAUAAUUAUGAUUGACGGCAGUAAAAAGACAAUUGUAAGCUGGCUUUUAAAUUUCGGAGAUCGCGUGUUAUUGAAAAGUGCAGUAAAUAACCUCAUAAUUCAUUUCAACAGCUGCUGAGGAAGCAAUCUGUGGUAAUAUGGUUGUUGAGAAAGGCGAACAAUGUGACUGUGGUUACGGAACGGAUGAUUCAUGUAUUAAGGAUGACAUAUGUUGUCAAGGUCGCAAUGGGACUGGGGCCCCUCUGCCAGGAGACUGUAAGCUUUUGCCAGGAAAAACAUGCAGGUUGGUCUCUUUUUUCAGGUCGACAAUAUACACGAGAUGUCCUAUGGAUUUUCCAAAAGACAAAGAAAAAAACUUUGCAAAAGCCGAUACAAUUAUUUACAGCAAAGAUCUCAAUAUACCUCUUUUCUAAUGUUUGACCGGACCUCGCAAAUAGUACGAAAAUAUUCUGUUUUAAAAAUUAGAUAAAUGCCACUUACGUCAGUAAGUAUAACAAUUUGCUUGACACCAUGCAAGUAAUGAAAGUAAUGAGUUGAGUUUGUCAAUCAAAAUGAAAGGAAAUUCCAAACGCACUUCCGGUAAUUCGUUGAGUGCGUGGGGCCCAGAACAAGGAUAUCGGGACUAGAUGAUAUUGCGAAAGGUUAACAAUGUGACUGUGGUUACCGAAGUGAUACUUCAUGCACCCGGGAUGACCAAUGCCAAAUAAAACAUGCAGGUUGGUUUUUCUUUACAUGAACAUACAGUGUUGAUUAUUGAGGGGAGAAAAAUAGGAAAGAUACCACCUGGGAGACUUCGAGUGGGAAUGCUGGACCGAGUAAAGAAUGGCAGCCCUUACGUAGCAGUCAAGAGGCUCACCUUAGAUCGAGAACUAUAAGGAAGGACCUGCCUGUGGGCAGAAUACACAGACACAGUGUACAGCACAAAGCUUGCACUGUCUUGUACAAAAGCCCUUGAUCUUUAGGAGUCAUUAAAAUUUCUCAAUUCAAUGUACAUUGUACAUGUUGUACAUGAAUCUUGUAGAAGUCCUUUCCUUUUCUGUUUGCGUCUCAGAUUUCUGCUGACUUCAAGACAGGCCCAAAAUACGUGCGUUUUGAAUAAGCUUAAAUUUUUUUUUUUAACAAAAGACAAAGUAAAUAAACUACAUGUACAUUUGCUUGGAACUUGUAGUGGAGAGUUGGCUUAUUUUCCAACAAAACUGAUCCAUUAUUUAUUUGUAAUGAUAGUGUAUCUUACGGUUUUAAAGAAAUGUAAAAAAGUUUAACACAGCCAUUUGAAAUUCCAUCUUUUUCUAUCUCUCCGACAUCACGCUUACUCCAAGUUUCUCACUUUGCAAGUGCUAACGUUUAUGUCCAGCGCAACAAUGCGGCUGUUUGAAGUCUACCUGUACAUCUUGUUCCACCAAUAGCUCAAUAAUGUGAGAGAAAGUACAGUAUGUGAUGUGAUAAGGCAUGAUGUGAUUUUAUGAGGUGUUAUGUGAUGGGAUGAGGUGAGGUGGUGUGAGUAAGUGUGGUGUGAUGUGAUGAGGUGCAACGUGAUGGGUUGUGAUGAGAUGUUGUGUGAUGCGGUGCGGUGUGGUGUAUUGUGGUGUGAUGUGAUGCUAUGAGAUGUGAUGUGAUGUGAUGUGUGUGAUGAGAUAUGAUAAAGUAUGAUUGGUGUUAUUUGUUGUGAUGUGAUGAGAUGUGUUGUGAUGUGGUGUGUUGUGAUGUGAUGUGAGGUGGUGUGAUUUGAUUUGUUGUGAUGAUAAUGAUGAGGUGUGGUGUGAUAAGGUUUGACGAAAGGUGAUGUGAUGUGAUAAGAUGUGAUGUGAUAGGGUGUGAUGUGGGGUGAUGCAAUGUAAUGUGGUGUGAUGUGAUAAAGUGUGAUGUGGUGUGAUUUGAAGUAAUGUGAUGAGGUGUGAUGGGAUGAGGUAAGAUGUGAUGUGAUGUGAUAUUCUACAGUAAUAACAUUUUUUAAAAAACUGGCAAAUACUUACUUACAAGUAAUACAGGUACUAACUUAUCUUCUAUUUUCAUUUUGCAGCCCAAGUCAAGGGCUUUGCUGCAGUACUGCCUGUACCCCACAAAAUGAUGCUUUUCUUUGUCUUAACGAAACGGAGUGUUCCAAUUCUUCUUUUUGCAAGUAUCCUUUGUGAAUUUGCGUCUCAUUGCAAGUAAUGUAUAGAGACCAAAACAUCAGUGGUUUGUUAAGUUGCAAAACUCACCUAAAAAAUUAUUAUGGUAGUGCUCCCUAAUGAAAUUCUGCGCAGGAACAUUUUGUUUAUAGAUAAAGGCACUACGUAAUGAUUAAAGCACAUAACUGAUCUAAAAUAGCAAUAUCCUUGUGACAUGGCAUGGCCUUUUUAGUAUGUCUACAUGUUCAUUAGCCUUCUAUACAGGCGUUUUUAGGGGAGUCGUAUUUCCGUCAAUCCCCACAGGAGGGGAAAGGAAAUGAGACUCCCCUAAAAACACCUGCGUAAGAAGCUACACGUUCAUUAAGGGGUUCGUUUUUUAUCGUUCGUCUCACGAUAAUCACUUAGUUCAGGCGGAUCGCGAGGUUUCAACCACAUACUGCAGGGCUUCUGACUUCAUCAGGCAAUGUCGUCCUCUAUCAAUACCAACACUGCUUUGGAUCGAAACCCACUGAUCACUAGCAACCCGCACCAUGCUACUUAAAGUCCUGGUAACUUUUCGGGCCCGAAAUCAAAUAUUCAAGUCGAAAUAUAAAUUAUAAGAGCGCAGGUCCUGGCUCGCAAACUACUCCACUUUGUUUCAAUAACUGAUAGUUUCAUCAUGUUAGAUACAAAACAAUUGAAACCUCGAUCUUUAAUGUAAAAGGAGACAGCUUACCGGGCCCGUUAAUUAUCGGGACUUUCGAGAAACGCGCCCCUGCUCAGUAAAUCGACACCAUCAUCUGACGAAGACCGGCAGUACGCGUCGAAUCAUCGCCAUGAACAACCGAUGAACAAGUGACAGCAACCUCAGCUCGCAUACUGCUCGAAGGUGUGAGCUCCUGAGCUGUCGUUCUUUUCCUUGACAUCGAAAGAAUUCAGCGGUGCGCAACAAAAUUUAUUUCAUCCUUGCUUUAUCGCUCCAAAGUUAGUUAUAAGCAGAGGCUUUUGAAAGCAGGGCUUUCACCUCUGUGGUAUUGGCACGAAUUUUUAUUUCAGUAAUGUACCCCACUAGACCCAGGCGCACUCUCUCCUCUGAAUACGAUUAGAGCCAACACAGUUACCUUUAAGAACAGUUUUUACUGCAGAGCUCCAACAACACUCCACCGACCGACCCACCGUCGGAACGUUGACUAUCCAAUAGCGCACUUUAAGAAAGAACUUUUUAAUUAUUAUUUCUAUCUUACUAAGUCUGCCUAUGAUGUCGACACCCCCCAGACCCAUAAGAGUGUGUGUAUCAAGUGCCACACUAGUCCUGCUUUCUCGAUCGAAUGUAUUUUUGAUUCUUGUAUCAAUGUUUGCCCCAGUUCUGACUAUUGUGCUCACUUUGAUGAGGCUAUGGCUCGAAGAUAUCGCUGUUUCAGGUCAAUACCCAUACACCAAAAUAACGCUCUUGUAGAGUCGUAGCCUAAGAAAACAUCCGUUUCUCCUCGCUCUUCGUCGCUGGGGACGUUUCGCGCGGAGGAACGUCUGCGACUCAGCGGCAGAAACUCCAUACUGAUGACGUAAAAUCUGUCCGGAAUCCGGUCAGAAGCGCUGAUUGGUCGACGGAGCAGUUAAAUUGUUUUAGUUAUUGUUUACGAAUGACAGACAAAAGGCCACAAAGGUCAAAUGUAAACGCGAAGAAUCUCUAACAAAACAGUCAAUAUUUUUGGAAUAUAGUCUUCUCUAGAAGAAGCAUUUGAGUUUUGCUGGAGCUCGUUGGCAGAUGAACACAACACUUCACCAAAAUCGACCAGAAGACACGCAAAAUUGUACAAAGUUAUCUUUGGAACCCUAUGACUACCGGAUUUAUUACGUAAAUGUUGAUUUACGGCAUCAGUAUGGAAUUUCUGCCGCUGAGUCGCAGACGUUCCUCCGCGCGGAACGCCCCCAGCGGCGAAGAGCGAGGAGAAACGGAUGUUUUCGCAGGGCUAGUAGAGUUGUGAAGAAGAUAUCAGACAAAUUUCUGUAGGGAGCACUAACCAUAAUAAUUUAUUAGGUGAUUAUUCAGACAUGGCAUUGAAAAUCAAAGAAGUUCGCCCAAUUUUGUCACGUACAAUCCAUGUCCAUCCUUGCCAUUCGUAGCUACAGACGACAGGAAACAGUUUCAAAUAUAGUCUUGAAUGACAAUGCUGGACCAAUAUUGUUAUUUAAAAAUAAUACUGGACCAAUAUUUUUGGAAUUCGAUUGAUCCGAAGACAUGUUUUAGCGGUUUUAAAGGAUAGCAAAUACCGUGUCAUAGCCCCUUUAAGGAGCACCUUGGCCUAUUGAAUUUCUGUUACUUCCUUGACUCUAUAUACAGUGGAGUGAACGCUUCUUGCCCCACACCGGUACCCAAAGCCAACUUGACUGUGUGUAACGGUGGAACCCAAGUUUGUUUAUCAGGGGUAAGAUUACACUCUGAUGCUGUCUCUCUUGAAGAUAAGUCACUCUUGUAGUAAUCAUGAUAUAGUAAAGUGAGGGUCAUCAAUAGGGUUUUCGGGAUACGGGACUUCCUUUAUUUGAAGCUCGGGAUUUAAAUGCAAAAUCGGGGCGAGAUUCGGGAUUGACGGUAUGCGCGGGAGGUGUGAUGCCAAAAAUGACGCUCGGUAUUAGGGAAUUUCGCGAAAUUUCGGGUCGGGAUUACGGAAUUGAAGGACCCUAUUGGGGACCCUCUAAAGUAAAGAAGCUGCAUUUUCUUAAGUUAGCUUAAACAGGUUUUUACAUGGUAGCAACUACAAAUUGAGGCUAUUAAAGGCUCUAUUUUUCUUAAGAAAAACGUUUUAUUGUGGCUGACAAAACUAAGUGGUAUUCGGCUAAUUAGUUUUUUUAAAAUCUACGUUACAAGUACAUAUUUAUGUAACAAAAUGACUAUAAUAAGAACAAAAGAAGCACCAAUCACAUGGAUUAUUAAGCAUAACAUGUACUUAAUAGGUUUUUGUAUAUAGGAGGUGUAACGGCUGAAUUUGCGCCCCAUGUCAGGGAAUGCGAAUUCCAAAAUCCGGGAAAAUUUGGCUUGUGGAUUCUGGAAUCCGGAAUACAGCUCAAGGAAUCCGGAAUCUUACUAACGAUUGAAAUCCAGAAUCCAAGUUCUACUGACAAAGAUUUGAAUCCAGUGCCUGGAAUCUGGAAUCCAAGGAAAAGAAUUCGAAUCCAAGACUGUCAUGGAUUCCUUAUAUGGGGCGAAAAUUGUAGCCGAACUGGUUCUUGAAAACUACAAUCGUGGACAAAAUAAAUGGAAAACCGAGACCCCACCUCCCCCCCCAAAUCAAGGAUGGGAAAAUGGCGCGUUUUUGCCCUUCGCGCGGCUUCAUGCUUGAUUUGGCGGGGGGGGUGGGGGAUGGGGGUUUGCUGUUCCAUUUUUUUUGUCCAAGAUUGCAGGUUAUUACUUGUGGAUUUUUACUGUAUGCAAAUUUUGUUGUUAUUGUUGUUGUUUCACAGGAAUGUAGUGGCUCUAUUUGCCUGAGGUUUCAAUUGUUGGAAUGCCAAUGUCAACAGGAGGAAAAUCUCUGUGAUCUGUGCUGCAAAAAAGGAGAAGACGGCGAGUGCAAACCCAUAAGAGACAUGAGUGUGUCAAAUAUCACGAAUGCACUCCAGCAGUUCCCAGGCGCACCAUGCGACAACUUCAACGGAUAUUGCGACGUGUUUCUCAAGUGCCGCGCAGUGGAUGCCGAUGGACCAUUGUCUCGUUUGAAGAACAAGUUCUUUAGUAAAGAAGCUAUCCUUGGUUAUUUAGAGUGGAUCAAGGAACACUGGUGGGCCGUACUUCUCAUGGGUGUUGGGCUUAUUCUACUCAUGGCAGGUAAAAUUUAUCAUUCCCUUGUUGUAGGUUUGGAAAUAGAGAACUUUAGAUUCUAAGAGCCUGCUUACAUGAAGGUGGGAGACCCCAGGUAGGUGAGGUAACAUGUGGCGGGUUACCCCACCUAACAUGUAACGGUGAUCACAUAAAAAAAAACGAGAGAUUAUAUGGACAGGCGGGUUACCCCACCUUAGCGGGUUACCUCACCUAUCUGGGGACCCCACCUCCGUGUAAACAGGCCCUAAGACGAGGACGACAAUGAGACUGUGAUUUUCUUAGCAAUAAGUAGUUCGCGCGCGUUAUCCAGCAUCAUGUGGGACUUUACGAUCCGAAGACGCGAUGGCAGGGAUUAUUGUUACCCAUUUAUUUUAUCAAAAGUAGGCGAACCCUCGUGGAGUUGAAUUCCUAGGAUCCUUAUCCAAGUUCAGAAAGAGAAAUCACGUGUUGUCGUCGCUUGUUAACGUCAAACAUCCUUCACACAAAGUUUCACGUCGUAGUCUUGUAACAUGAGAAGACACAAAUGGCUUGAACUGUAAGUAUCCCGGAGAGCUCCAUACAAUUCCUUAUAAUUUUGUUAUAAGGAAUUGUAUGGAGCUUUCGAGGAGACUUUUCUUAAUUAGCUUAGGCGCGGCGGAUUUUGUCACGUAUGAUCAGCGCGAGGUGUUUUUCCCGACACCCUUCUGUCAGGAAAAUGUCAUCAUAAUUAUGAAAGCAAAACAGACACGAUCGCGUCGGCAGGCCGAAGCCGGCAAAAAUAUAAGGCUUUUCUUGUUCCAUUUCAGGGGUCAGUUUUGUUUCGAUCUGGUCAAAAUCAGGUUUUUAGGUUGUAGGUAAUAAAAUAUUGUCUUAUUCUGUUCUCAGGAACCUUUAGAAAAAGAGAUAAUUGAUUAGAGAAAGAAGCGUGAAAACGCAUUUUGGAAGAAAAUAUUUUUAAUUCCCGCAGCGAUUUUGCGAAAUCGCGUAGCGCAAUAUAUUCAGUUUCUUCCAAAGCCGUCAUGAUUAAGCAGUGUAAUGCCAUCACAACUAAAAAUGAAUUUAGUUUGUAUCGCAAAAGCUGCGAAAAUAGAGAUGAAAAAAAAACAGAUCGGGAAAAUUAAUAAAAUCACCAAGAAACCGUCUCGCGCUAGCUUUGUUAAACAAAUCGUUGGUACGGUUUAUUUAACCUAACCUGGAAAAGGAGACGUCUGCACGUAGAAUACAUUUCAUCCUACAUGUAGUUGUGAUUUCCAGAACGGACCUCGGGAGCCUCAUUGCCGUAAUAUCUUCCACACUACAGAAACCAAAGCAGAAUCGCCCUGCUCGCGUGCUAACUUUCCGCUCCAAUUAUGACUAUACGGUACCAGUGAAAUGUUUCACAAUUUAAAGCGGCCGAAACUUAUUUCCAUCAGCGCGUAGUUAGUCAGUUAAGCAAUAAUAAUGCACAGCACUGUAAAUAACACGGUUCUAGAAUAUCUGACGGCUUCGCGUUUUGUUCGUCGCUGCAUGCGAUUUAAUCGCUUAUAACCUAACAGAAAAUGAAAAUGUACCUGAAGGAAAUACCGUGUAUUACCUUACCUCAAUUAAUGAUGUGUGUAAAUUUGUCUUUUGCUAUGGUUUUAGACAAUACGAUUUCUCCUGACUAUCAAUUUUGCGUCAAAACAAGCGCGAUAAUGAAAUAGACGAAGUGCCAUGGCAUAGCACUUUAUGACAAAGUUUUAACUGGAAAACUUGUUACCAUCUGAUGUACACCUGUAUAGUCUAUGUUUGUAAGCUCUGCCUAAAGAAUCACUGGAUUACACUGCACCCAUGGGUGUGCCACCUAAAGUGCAGCCUAUGUUUGUUAGCUCUACCUAAAGAAUAACUGGGUUACACUGCACCCUUGGGUGUGCCACCUAAAGUGCAGCCUAUGUUUGUUAGCUCUACCUAAAGAAUAACUGAGUUACACUGCACCCAUGGGUGUGCAGCCUAUCUUUGUUAGCUCUACCUAAAGAAUCACUGGGUUACACUGCACCCAUGGGUGUACCACCUAAAGUGCAGCCUAUGUUUGUUAGCUCUACCUAAAAGAAUCACUGGGUUACACUGCACCCAUGGGUGUGCCACCUAAAGUGCAGCCUAUGUUUGUUAGCUCUACCUAAAGAAGCACUGGGUUACACUGCACCCAUGGGUAUGCCACCUAAAGUGCAGCCUAUGUUUGUUGGCUCUACCUAAAGAAUCACUGGGUUACACUGCACCCAUGGGUGUGCCACCUAAAGUGCAGCCUAUGUUUGUUAGCUCUACCUAAAGAAUCACUGGGUUACACUGCACCCACGGGUGUGCCACCUAAAGUGCAGCCUAUGUUUGUUGGCUCUACCUAAAGAAUCACUGGGUUACACUGCACCCUUGGGUGUGCCACCUAAAGUGCAGCCUAUGUUUGAUGGCUCUACCUAAAGAAUCACUGGGUUACACUGCACCCUUGGGUGUGCCACCUAAAGUGCAGCCUAUGUUUGUUGGCUCUACCUAAAGAAUCACUGGGUUACACUGCACCCAUGGGUAUGCCACCUAAAGUGCAGCCUAUGUUUGUUAGCUCUACCUAAAGAAUCACUGGGUUACACUGCACCCAUGGGUAUGCCACCUAAAGUGCAGCCUAUGUUUGUUAGCUCUACCUAAAGAAUCACUGGGUUACACUGCACCCACGGGUGUGCCACCUAAAGUGCAGCCUAUGUUUGUUGGCUCUACCUAAAGAAUCACUGGGUUACACUGCACCCUUGGGUGUGCCACCUAAAGUGCAGCCUAUGUUUGUUGGCUCUACCUAAAGAAUCACUGGGUUACACUGCACCCUUGGGUGUGCCACCUAAAGUGCAGCCUAUGUUUGUUGGCUCUACCUAAAGAAUCACUGGGUUACACUGCACCCAUGGGUAUGCCACCUAAAGUGCAGCCUAUGUUUGUUAGCUCUACCUAAAGAAUCACUGGGUUACACUGCACCCAUGGGUGUGCCACCUAAAGUGCAGCCUAUGUUUGAUGGCUCUACCUAAAGAAUCACUGGGUUACACUGCACCCAUGGGUGUGCCACCUAAAGUGGAACCUAUGUUUGUUACCUCUACUUAAAGAAUCACUGGCUUACACUGUACUCACGGACGUUUGCCUCGCGCUCUCUUCAAAAACAAAAAAGCUAUAGUCUGUUUGGCCAAAAAUCAAGCUUUGUUUCCCCUAAAAAUUGGACACCAUAUUACGGUCCCGAAAGACGUUAAAAGUUCCUCCAUAAUAGAAGAGUGUUUUGUUAGAGUUAAUAAACGUUUGGCUUACAUGAGUUUCAAUAUAAAGGUGCAAAAACUUAUCAGCAUAAUUAUAGCACACAAACAUUGUCAUCAAACUCCUGGCAUGUAGCCUGAAUAAGCCAAGCAAAUAUGAAUAAAGCAUAUAACGAGAAAUAUUCGUCAAAUGGUCUCGUUAAGUAAAUUAUACUUCACUUUGCGACAGAAAUUUAUCGUUUGUAUCCGUGUUACGCAUCGAAAAAGCGAAGAGUCAUCGCAUGACAUUAGGUAACAGAGGUAAUACUCACGAGUGUCACGAAUUCCAAUUCCAUGAUUUUUCGCCGAGUAACAAAUUAAAAACUUCAAUUCUUACCUUACAGUGGUCGGUUCAUUUACCUUACAUUUGCCAACACUAAUAAACAUGAACAAAACGAUGAAAUCCGGCACUCUUCUUUCAGAAGUAGCAAGCCGCAUGAAGCAAAAUCCACCGAUGUGCGCUGCAUUCUCACUACAAAUAUAAACAUUUGUCGUGAAGAAAAUACGACGAGGAGGAAAAAAUGCCAGAUCUUCGCCUCGGCAAUGUAUUCCAGCUACCAAGCCGGCGUAUCUCCAGAAGGUGGACUCGAAGUGCGACAAACCUUGUGAUUGUUUUAGGAGCCCUUUGCGCGCAAACUAAUUUAUUCUGGCGCGAAAUGAAGAUUAAGAAAAUGUAUCUGAAAUCUAAUACACGACAAGAAAAUUUUCGCACUUUCGAGGAGCGCGACAUAUUAAAUGGGAUUAAGUCGGAUUAGCUGCCCGCGGAGAAAACAUCCCUGCGUGGGAUGGUACUUCCAGUAAAAAGCCUCUGUGUCCUCUCAUGAAGGGCAAAGAAAUGUACCGGCACAAAAAUGUGUGACGGACGUGCAAAGUUGUUGUUUUGCCUUUUAAACCUUUUGUGUUUUUACGUUCUCCUUGCCAUCGAGACGUCGGAUGGUAAAGUCCCUGUUUUGGUGGGAAAACGCGGUAGCCGUCGUCACUCUACUAUUCGUGUUAGCGAGGAUGUAGUAGUGGCGGAAACAAAGUAUUAAAUAGAGUGACCGUGCUAACUUUCCUGGUGAAGAAAAGUGCUUCAGUUAACCAGCUCUUUGAUUAUUUAGACUUAAUUUGUGUGUACCGUGACGCCUUCCAUUGAUUGGCUCUUAUGCUAAUGACAUCAGCAAAGAUUAAACAAUAUGUGCGAUUUAAUAAUAAUAAUAAGAAGAAAUAAUAAUAAUUUAUGUAGCGCUAUUCAGCCACUCUUUCAUAGCACUUUGCAAUGAUUAUAUACAGCUAUUUCGAGAAAGGUUGUCGCAAAAACUGUGCACUCGACCAUCCCGAAAGGUAAUAUGGGAUAUGAUCAAUGCACUUUUCCUGACACCGUAGCUGUCGAAUCUACUUAUGUUGCUUUCCUUUAGCACUCGCAAACAUAGGUGCAUGGCUUCUCGUGCAAUUCUUUGAAAUUUCUUCGAAAAACUCAAAAUCACCCACAAUACCUUUCGGGAUUGUCGCGUGCACUUUUUCCGACAACCUUUCUUGAAAUAGCUGUAUGCUAAGGUAAAAACUAAAACCAUACCGAGAUGAAUUAAUUACAAAGCUUAAAAAUAUUAACUCAUGUACAAGAAAUAAAUGUAAAAAAUCUGACAUCUAAAAAUUUACCAAGACAGAUUUACAGGUAAUUAAAUUGUGACCUUUUGUUUUUUUGUUGGUUUUGAACGUCAAGAAAUGAAAUGUUUGGCUGCAGUGUAUGGAAAAAACUUUGGAUGGGUUGCGAGUUAAAAUCUGUUCUCUCAUCUGUCUUUUGCGCCCACAGGUUUCAUUAAGUUGUGCAGCGUGCACACGCCAAGCAGCAAUCCCAACCGGAAGCCAGCUCGUCAGCUGACUCUACGACGUCAACCACCGCGCAACCAGCGUAACCCAAGAGCUCGUCCACAGGGAAACCAGGGAGGGAGAGCAAAUCCACGUCAUGCUCAAGGUGACUUUGGGUAUGAAGACCCCCCUCCCUACCCUGGAGCACCAAUGGAAAUGCACGGGAGUAGGCGAUGA